UCAAAAUCCAGCAACCAAUGCCGCGUUAACUUUGGUUCUGGUUAAACUCGAGCAGCCAUUUUAAUGGAAUUUAAAGAAAAACCAAUCAUGAAGAGCUCACUAACUCGUUCGUCUCGAUCCUUGAUUUUCCUGUUCCUUGCGCUUGUUUCGGUUCUCUGUAUAUUAAUUUACUAUUACCGGAGCGUGUCUUUCGCAAACAUCGACCUUAUGCUCAAACUGCAACUAGCACAAAGCCAAAGACAGACGGUAGAACAAAGGCGCGAUGCGUUGGAAAGGAGGAUGGUCAGUUUAGAAAGCCAAAAACAGACGGUGGAACAAAGGCGCGAUGCGUUGGAAAGGAGGAUGGUCAGUUUAGAGACUAAAAAUCGCUUUUUGGAAGACGACUUAAUAAACCACAAGGCAAUCAACGACAGAGCUUUGAGUGUAACCUCUGACUUGAAAAAGGAGCUACGAACUGAAAGAGAAAAGCUUUAUAAUACCACUAUAACUGCCAAGGUAGGUACAGGGCGAAUACGCUUAAAUUCAGCGGUACAUUUGGCGAGAACAAAACUCGGUCAUUAGACCAGAUAAACUAUACAAAAUACGGGAUGGAAAAUACUGCGGGGCAGUACAUUUCUACGGUUCCUACAACAGAUAUAAUGAUUCUCAGUCUAAAAUAUUUACUGAACCAAAAUUUUAUGGCCUCUAACUAGUCCUUGGACGUUUUCAUAUCGUUGUUUCACGUUGUCCCUAAGUUUAAUUCCAUUUGUUUCAAACUGAUUAGUGUAUUACUUUACCAUACCCCAAAACAAAGGAAAUCAAAAUUUGAACCCGCGAUCUGCAAAGCUGAUCGUACUACGUAAAAAUUAACUUUGGUAGGAGCAGCUUUGCAGAUUUCAAUGCCAGUUUUCCUUGGUAUACAGUCGAAGCUCCACUAACGGCUGCAACGGCCAUUUUUUCUGUCUCGGCGGACAGUCCGCACAAAGCAGAAGACAGACGGUGGAACAAAGGCGCGAUGCGUUGGAAAGGAGGAUGGUCAGUUUAGAGACUAUAGCUAAAGAGCAGCUUUGCAGAUUUCAAUGCCAGUUCAGCUGAAUUUUUCUACCCUAUACUAGAGUAAACUCCCCAAAUCUCCCUAUCCUAGAGUAGCUGUUUCCCUUGUCCAGAUAAAAUCUUCAACGAACUGAUCAGUUUCAGUUCCUGAAAAAUGAUACGCUAUUCUAGACCCAAACGCUCUGAUUUAUAUACCCUAUCCUAGAGUAAACUGCCUGAAAACCAUACCCUUCACAGCGGCACAUACCUAUAUAGCCCAUAGAUGGCAGUACCCCCCGGGGGUCUUCUACAGAUCCUAAGUUCUGCGGUAUACUCGUUUGCGGUCCUUCAGCACUUCUGUUUUUAACCUAAUAAACCCCUUGAAGGGGGCGUUUUAACGGACUAGUAUAGCAUUACUUGUCAAGAAAACCUAGCAGGUCGUAGCUUUUAGCACCAUUUCUGGACCUGCCACUGCAUCUCAAUGCUGGAAGAGGCUCGGCUUUACCGCUACGAACUUUCAAUAUCAAGCGGUGAACCACUUGAAAAAAUUGGCCCUCUUUUUUUCAAGAUUUCAAUCUACGUCUCUCCUUGCCAUCCGUAACAACUGAGACGAUUGGAAACAGCCUAGAUAUAGUAUUAAAUUUACAAAUCCGGACCAUUAUUUUUGUAAUUCAAUUGAUGCGCGCGACAACACGUCUUAGCUUUUUAACAGAUAGCAAUAGAGUGACAUAGCCCCUUCCAGAUCAGGAUUAGAUCUUUUACGACAAGUAAAUUAGCCUCAGACGUUCUUCGGGCUUCGUCAUUGUCUUCGAUUUCUCUUGGGACGACUGUAAUGCCCUGGAGAAAUUGGAAACAAUAUAUGGUUAGGUAAUUUUCUUGAGGGGGGGGGGGUGUAAACAAGGUGCAUGAUUCGAGGUGAAAAUGGUAAAUUAGGGAACUUAAUUUUGAGUGACGUACGUCAACUGGAAGUAAGGCCUUUUCCCUUAAAAUAAGCCUGUACCCUCCCAAAUUUUUAUUUCUGAGCGUUUUUUUCUUAUGUAGACGAUCUGUCUGCAAAUUUGAGCAAAUCGCUGCUUAAGUUCACUGAUGUAUACAUCCUAACGACCCUGGUCCUAUUGGAAAGCCUUCAAAGAUUAAAUAAAUGUGUCAUCUUUCAAGGGCAAAGGUUGAUACGGUACCUGGUAUAAAACAAUGAUAUAAGAGGCGAGGAGAAAAAGGUUUUGCCAGGAAUAAGACAAACUUAAAGCAAGGGGCAUACAUACACCAACCCGCGGCCUGGCCAAUAAGGGAGCAACAGCUGUCCAUGGCUGCCACUGCCCGGGUUAUAUGGCUGGCUGUGCGAAUGCGUGAGGUACUUGUCAGGCCGUGGGUUGGUCUAUGUGCGCCCCUUGCUUUAAGUUUUUCUCUUCGCCAGGAAUACACCUUGCACCUUACACCUAUCCCGUAGUCAUGGUGACCGUUGGGGCGCCACGGACCUACAAACCCUUUCCCUUCAUCUGACUUUGUUUUCAGAUUCUCUUGUAGGGUGUCGCAAAAUUUCAACCCUGUUUACUCAAAGAUGUUAUUCUCCAGACGUUUCUUUUCUCGGCCUCUUCUUCUUCCUCCUUACACUGUUCCCUACAAAAUUGUCUCGGCACACCUUGCUGAUCUUGAUACAUGGCCAAACCACUUUAAAAAUUUGCGUUUCUUUACCGUGGUUAAGAAAUCAUCCUAGGGCCCUAUGGCUUGCGGCCUGAUUCUGUCUCUGACUGCAUCGUUAGUGAUGUAGCGGUCUCUGUAUGCGAUGCCAAACAGUUUCCUUGAGCAUCUCAUCUCAGUGGCCUGCAAUUUCUUCAGGAUGUCCGCUGUAAAUUUCCAGGUUUCACGAGCGUACAAGAGGUUUCAGAUAGUCCGAGGAAGGGGCGUAGGCCUGUAUAAUUUUGACGCUAAAUGGGCUUGCUCUCAUGCGGAUGGUGAUAAGCUUGCUUGAGACUGGACGGCACCCCAUGACAGUGCAAGAAACAGAGAUUUCCCCUGAAAUGAGGUUGCGCUGUUGUUUGUCAAGAAUUAACCAACAAAAAUUUUUUUUUCUUUUCUUCUGCCUCGGAAUCUGCUACAGUCAUUAUUUCCCUCUUGUUUGAAGAAGAUAGAUAAUAUCUAAAAAAUCACGAUUAACUUAUCUCGCGAUGUUGUGUGUUGAAUUCCCACAAGUGCAGUAAAUCGAUUCAUGUUUCGAAAACUGUCACCAUUGUGACAAGUGAACACAUAAAUUUAUCAACGAUUUUUAUGGUCUGUCAGGGCCCAGAAAAAGUGUCUCUUCCCCCUGAAUAGAGGUGUCCCUUCAAUAGCGGUAACAAAUACAAAGAUUAUGUGAACAAUUUUCCGUGUCCCCUGUAGCCUGCGUAGCAUGUCGGUUUUGUCGGGUGCACUACUGAGCGGCGAAGCCGCGAGUUUCUCGUUGCUCCCGCACCGAUCUCCUCUAUUCUCGUAGUUUCACUGCCCCGCCUUGGCUUGUUUGCACUUCCAGCCACACACUUCGUGUUUGGUCGGCACUUGGUCGGACACCGACGUUUCCCGCAAAGAUACCUGGGAUCAUUGUCACUCCCGAGUCAUUCAAAAUGGCUUCCAAUGGGCUGAUGUUCCGAGCCGGUCGAGGUCCUUCCUUUAUCCUCGUGGGUCUUGUAGUCGUUGUUAUCAUACUUUUUUACAGCUAUUGGGGUGUUUCUUCCAAGAACAAUAAGCUUCUUAGAGAUGUUAGCGUUCUACAAGAUCGCUUGCGCGUGCUGGCGGCUCGUAAACUUACUUCGGACAAAAAGAGUUCAGCAUUAGUAACGCAACUUACUCAAUUGCAAGGCGAGAAGGACAGGGUUGACGUGAAUCUUAAAACAAAAGAUUCUCAGGUCAGCGAUGUUAAGAUGAGACUAAAGGAAAAGGAGCAGGAAUUAGCAGCGCUUCUCGCCAAGGAGGUAUGAAAUCGGCCAUGCAUGAAUUUCAGUUCAACUUUGUUUAAAAUAAAUUCAGUGCUUUAGCUACGUAUUCGUGACCUGAAAAACUCAGGCAGAAUAUCGAGGUUAUGCAUUUAAAUAGAUAGCUUGUGGAAAGUAUGUUCUAAAUCGAUGUUUCCGCCAAAUUUGGCUUUCUGAGUAUACACGAUCUAUCUUUAUGUAAAUUCUGUGACUUGUUUGGUUGUUGUGUAAGUUAUAUAAACGUGUUUUUUAACUAAGUUAUGUGACAAUCCUUGACAACUCAUUGCUUCACUGAAGAAUGUACUGUACCAUAAUAUUUAAGCACAGGGAAUGGUAGUUUUGGCAAGACGGUUUAGUGGCUAAAUUUUAAGCUGGAAAUACACCUAACAAUACCAUAUGAUGUGUCAAGCUUAUAUAAUUUAUUGAAUAUUUGUGAUAUGUUUUCUCAGCAGGUAGUGGUACCGUAUUUAUUAGCAUAACUUAAGUAUUUGCAGCAUAUAAUUUGAAAUCAAAUUGAAUAUAAGUUUCAUGACUGGUCCAUUCCACAUGAGAACAGAAAAAAAGACCAUUUUUAAAUAAACUACUCUGGGAUCACUGCAGAAAUGCAGCAUCCAGAGCUACAUGCAUGUAGACGAGACUAAUCUAGUGUUCUUAGACAUGAUGAAUGACAUUGGCAUUGACAAAAAGCAGCCACUUUAUAUAAUCAAGAAAAUGAUAAAUAUAGCCGUUAGAGCAACGUAUUACAUCUUUUGUUGUAGAAAUAGGAAUUGGGUAGCCCAGACUUUUUUUUCUUUUCUUUUUUUUUUUUUUUUUUUGAAUAAUUCAAACUCAAGCAGCAUUUGUAAAUUGCCUACACACAGCGAGAUUUACAAUAAUUGUACAUUAAAAAACACUAGUAAAGUUUCCAUUAUUAUUAUUAUUAUUGUUAUUGUUACUAUUAUUAAUUAAUUCAUUAAGAUAUACUAGUGAAGUUGCGAAUGAUUUUCUCUCUCAACAUCCAAGUCCAAACCAUGGUCUUUGGAGGCAAAGAGGGUUUCUACUUGA